AUGGAAAGCAUGCGAGGCGAGUCAAUGGCAGGAAUGCUGCUGUCCAGUGAUGGCCUUGCGGAAAUGGAGAAGCAGAUGAGUGGUGAGAUCAAUGAGAUGCAGCAAUCCGCCGCCAGUGCCAUCAAACAACGGGCAGAGAAACUUCAGGAUUUCGUCCGAGACACAAAGCAACGAUACUUAACAGCACGUGAAGCUGUAUCCCACAGCCUUGCUGGCUUGGCUGAUUCGGUUGCGACCAGGUGGCGCCGAUUGACGGUGGCAUCGUUUCAUGAACGACUCGGAAAGUGUUGUUGCUCGAGAAAUGUCGUGGAUGGAUGCGAGUGGCAGCCUUUCAAGCUGGGCGGUCCGAUUGUUGAUUACGAGUGCAAGAUCGGUUUCAUGGAUUACAUGGAUGCGAUCACCGCCGGGAGUAUGGAAGGAGCUUCCAGCAAUACAUCGGAAGUGGACAACAUUCUGGACCAGUGCGCUGCCUCAAAAGGCUGGCAGUACCAAUCCUGGGACUGGUCACCACCUGCUGCCAAUAUCAGCAUGCCCGGUGAGGUAGUUGCUGUGCCGCCAGUUCCUAUUGUUGCCUUGCAUCAUUUGGAGACAUCUGUUGUGGUGCCGGAUGUCGUCAAGCCAACUGACGACCUCAUCGUCGCAGUGCCGGCAGACAGCAGCGAGUCGCACCAGCCGGCAGAGAAAGAAAUCAGUGGUGGUGCCCCUCGCGAAGCUCUCCAGCCAAACGAAACUGCUCUGGAUCUCGAUGUGGAGACGGUCAGCAGUGCUAUCAAGGACAUCGUUGGGCUGCCAGAUGAGAAGCCAUCAGAUCAGGCACCCAAAGUCGAAGAGAGUCAGGAGAAACAAGCUGAGGGUAUGGAUGAAUUGGAUCGAGCUGCUGCAGAACUAGCUGCAGCCGAGCGGGCUGUCUCUUUGCUGCCAGGCUCUGGCCAGAUUGCUCCGGCCAUUGAUGCCAGCGCUCAACUUGUUCAGUCCGACCCCGCUGACCCCGCUGCUGCAGUGGAAGUCAACGCGAGUGUCGUUCCGAAUGUGGUGCCCAUCGGUUGGACAAAGGCGCAGCAAGGUCAGCAGGCGUCUGUCGAUUCUGGACAUGCUCUGGAGGAUGAGCGCAGAAGGCUUUCAGAGAAGAAUGCCGGCCGGAGACAUGCGCGGGACGACGAGCUGUUUCGCGAGUCGGAGACCAGCCCUCGUGGCUGGUGCCUGUGCAGUGUUGACACCAACCGGCACGGUAGAUGGGCUUUCGUGGCCACCGGUCCAGCUGUUGAGGCUCCGAGACAUUUGCGAGCCAGGCCGCUUGCAAGCGCCUCCACAGUGCCCACGAGCAGAUGCAGUGCCUGUAGGAACGUGCAGGACGGGUCCAAGACCACUCAUCGAGAGGUGGGUUCAGAGCCUGCUUCAGGUGCAUUUUCGAUCAAGGGCUCUGCCUUGGGUGCAGCAGCAAUUCUUGGCGUGCGUCGAGUCUUGGGACACCGGUGCAGGCAGCCGGUUCAGCGUGCACAGUCUCCUUUCGCAGAGAUUGCUUUCGCUGCUGCCCUCUAUGGAACUGUGCGUGCGGCUGCGCAUGCAUGGGUGUCGGCGACCGACAGCUUCGCUUUGCGUGACGAACUCUUUCAGGACAUGGCAGUGGCCCACACUUAUAAAAACUCCAUUCGGCCAUGGAUUCAGUCGGGGGUCAUUGCUCUGAUCUCGAGCAUCUUCGUAGUUUUCGCGGUCAAGGAGUUUAUCAAGUCGAUGAAAGAGUGGGAACAGCAGCAGGAAGUGAAAGAGAUGUCCGCGAUGGGAGAGGACGCCCUGUUUCUGAUGUCCACUCCGGUCGAUGCGACACCGCUCGAAAAAAAGAAAGACAGGAUGAGGAAGCGCCUGACGCCGCUGCCAAUGCGGCUUCUCGGAGGUCUCCUGGACAAAGUAUGGCUACUGCGUGUUGGUGCAUGCGUUGGGUACCUGCUUCCGUUUCUCAAUGCUUUGGACUUCGGAGAGAUCUCCAUCUCUCUUUAUCCGUAUGCUGUGGGAGUCCCACCCUGUGAGCCCAUCGUCAACUUCAUGCAGCACACCCUUAAAAUGCGCUAUCUAUACAAUGCCUACUUGAAGUCAGGAUACUACUUCCUCAUCGUAUGGUUCCUCUUCAUUCAGCUAGCAGUGAGAAACAAGGCGGCCCCAUUCUAUGUGCGCUUCCACUCCUCGCAGGCGAUUUUGAUCUCCAUGCUCUUGGGAGUCCCGCAGCAGGUUUUCUUUGCUGUGCUAAAUCCAUGGGAGUCUGGCCUUUGGGUACAGACUUUCAUGUACCACAGCAUGGUGUCAAUCUUUCUCUUCAUCGUGUGCCUCCUUCUCUGGUGUUGUUUAAAUGCUUUGAUGAAGCGUCAAAUGGCCAUGCCGUUGGUUUCCGAGGCUGCCGUGAUGUGGGCUGGAAAAGAGUGA